CACACCUCUCUCGCUAUUUCAAAACUCUACGAAAUUUCCUUAAUAUUUCUAUUUGAUCUUCCAACAGUUUUCGACUCGCAAUAGGAUUAGGAAAUUACAAAUAAUAUCUGAAUUAUUUAAACGACAACACAAAUAUUAUAGAGUCUUCUCUUGUUUCUCGGCUUCAGUUUAUUUAUGUUGUUUAUGAUUCUGGCUUAAUAGUUACGUAACCAAGAGUUUGGAAGAAGAACGAUGACGAUGAUGCAGUACCUAAUUCCAGAACCAAAAACAAAAGAGAUUUUGUACGAGAAAACGUUACAAGCUGCUGGUCCAAUUACUCUAGGAGAAGUUAAAGAGUUAACUUCUAAGCGUAAAAUUAUCGAAGAAUCUGUAAACAAAACCAGCAAAGUCAUUGAUUCAACUACAAGAGAGAUGACCAGAGGACUAACUUCUGCUUGUGAGCAGGAUCUUCAUAAACUUGGAGAAUACCUUCCAUUACUCUUUAACUUGGUGCAUUACACUGAUAAGAUUAAACGGGUUUCGAAUCUUAAGAUAAGAUGGAGUAGUGGUUUGAUCUCUCAGACCUUGAUUCAGCGUACAUGUCCGAAAUUCUUCCAAGUCGAUAACAUAAUGUUCGAGUUUGGAAUGGUUCUUUUCAUUUACGCGGUUAAGCUCCGCGAGAGAGCAAUGGAACUAGUAUCCACAGAUUCUAAGAAAGCGGUAGCAGUUUACCGAGAAGCAUCUGGAGUUUUCCAUCAUCUGUCUCAUGAGAUUCUUCCUUUAUUACAAACUUGUCUGCCUCCAGGGAAGCUUCCGGAACUAACUCCUCCGCUUUGCUCUGCUUUGAGUCUCCUCUGUUUAGCUGAAGGUCAGGCUGUAACUACAGAGAAGGCUGAAGAAAGCGGCAAAAGUGCAAGCCUUUUGUCGAAACUGCACUUUGGAAUUUUUCAAUUUCUUUCUGAAGCCUAUGCUCUUUUGUCAUCUAGACUAACAGGAGAAUAUAAAGACCUAUCGACCCGCUUUCUCGAGUAUGUAACAACAAUGGGAGCUUUACACGAACUAAAGAGCCAAAAAUACUUAGCGGAAUUGCUAGAAUCCGAAGAUCGAGUAGGCGAUGCGGUAGGGGUUCUCCGGCGUGCCUUAGCAGCGGCGAAGAAGAGUACGCCGUCCAAAGAUGACAAGUGGAUAGCAAUAUUCAAGAAGGAGAGAGAGGAUGUAGCUAAAAACAUGGCUAAGUAUGAGAAGCUAAACGAUUCUAUGAUGUUACAGAAGAUUCCAAUUGAUAGAGAGAUACCUUUUCCAAAAGGUGAGAAGAUUGUUAAUCUCAUUCCUUAUACUCCCACAAGAGUGGUACGAGAACUUCGAUUUAAGUCUUAGAAGAAGAUCUAAUAACUGUAUGAUUAAUUCUUUUGUUUAGUUCUUUUGAGUUUGGAGAAGAGAUUUAAGGUGUCUGAUAUGUGAUACAAUUAUUUGCCAUCAGAUAAAAUUUGUCUGAUUGUGCAAUAAUAUACUCUGUUUUUCCCCACACACAAAAAAAGCUUUGAUCUCAUGAUCGAUUGAAUUUAG